CAGGGAGUGAGAAAGUACAGGAGGCACAAACAGUUACCAUAGCGACCACACCACGCAUCCAUGGCCAGCCUCCCCAGCCGCGGCGGUGCUUCAGCUAGGUAUCUGUAACACUACCACCAUCACCAGCCAUGCCUCCCAAGAAGAAAGGAGAGAAGGGGAAGGGGAAGCGGGGAUCCAAGAAGACAGGAAGUGGGCGAGCACAGGCCCUGAUUGAUGGCGUGCCAAUCAACACCAUGACCAAGGAACAGCUGGAGGGACAUGUGGUCAGACUUAGAAAUGAACUGGAACGAGAGAGGGAGGAGCGUAACUAUGUUCAGAGUGAGCUUGAACGAGUCCAGAGGCUGUGGGAGGUGGCAGCUGAGAAUCUGGACAAUGUUCGCAAGGAACUCAGGUACAAGGAUGUGGAGAUUGGAGAAGCUGAGGAGAAGCACCAGCAGGAAAUUGGAGUGUACCAGCAAAAGAUGAAGCACCUCAUGUACACUCAGGAGAACACCCUUGCCCAGCUCCAGAUAGACAGCGAGGAAGCACUCCUGAAUCUGCACCAGGACUGUCUGAAUGAGGAGAAUCUUGUGAUUCAAGAGAAGGAAGACUUGAGGAAACAGCUCCAGGACACUGAAAGCAACUACCUAGCUAUCAUAGCCAACAUGAAAGUUGGCCACAGCAAAAAUCUGGACACCCUGCGGCAGGAGUUUGAGGCAGAGGCAGUGGAGAUGGAGGCUAAGUAUGUUAAGAAGAUCAAGGAUCUCCAGAACCAACUUGAUCUCAAACGUAAAACAGAGCUGAUAGCUCAGGAAGAGAAAAAAAACAACUUUUUGGCCACAAUCAUCUCUAAUCAUGAGAAAACAUUUGAUGAGAUGAAGAAAUAUUACACAGAUAUCACAGCAACUAAUCUGAAGCUCAUUACAGAGUUGAAGGCAGAGCUUGCUGAGCAAAAGGAACGUGAACACAAGCUGGAGCAAGAGAUGGGUGCUGCCAUGUCUGGCCGUUCCCGCCUAGAAGACCAGGUGGGCAAUCUACGCAAGAAACUUGCAGACACCCAGCGGUCCAUGCAGCGCUCCCAGCGAGACAAAGAGAGCUAUCUUACAAGUCAGGCACAAGUCAAAGUUCUAACCAGUGAAAAAGAAGCCUUGCAGUGGGAGUUGGAGGCCCUCAGACAGAAGGCAGAGGCGAUAGAACGUGAGCGGAAGGAGCUGUACGACCAUUUUGUGGCAGUGGUGGGAGAGGUGCAACAACGCAGUGAGCUCAGGAACAUUGUUCUGGAAAAGAAACUAAAUCAGGUGUCAGAUAAUUUGGAAAAGAAAGAGGCUGUUUUGUCAGAGGUGUUGUCAGCAGCCAAUCUUGAUCCUGUCUCAUUCAAUCAAGUCAGCCACCAGCUGGAGAGAAUAAUUGAUGAAAAGAAUCAAUUAGUUGGAAGCCUCAUGGAGGAGGUGGCAACAUUGAGACGGAUGUAUACAGAGCUGAUGGACAAGCACCAGGCGGCCCUCAGGAAGGCCAAGAAGCCAAAGGCAGCCACCAAGCUUCCAAACAUACCACUGUAAAGUACCAAAAAUGCACUUCUAUGGCAGUAGUCUCAAGUGUGACACCCAGCUCUUAUAAAGCAAGAACAAAAAUCAUAAAUUAAGGAAGUGCAUAAGAGUGUACCUCAAUUAUUUGAGAAGUUCCAAUGAAUGAAUCAGCACACAUUACCAGUGUGUAGUAGAGCAAGACUUUUCCCUCAAGGGUUCAUCUUUUUACAUGAAUAAUUCUCAGCAGUUACAGUCUUCAGAAAACAAGACAUUUCAUUGAUACUUUGUAUGCUUCAGAUAUUGCUGAUUGGUAGAGACUUAAAUCCCUUCCAAGUUUGGGUUCAGGGAACAGUUAUAGCCAAGUCCAAAUUACAUAAUCUGCCCUUUUCAUAACUAAUCUUCCGUGUUAUGAAUCUCUUGCCAAGUGAAGAUUACAAACAUUGAUUUCUGCUAAAAUACAGUAUGGAAUGAAGUCUUCCAAUAAGCUGAGAAAAAGGAAAUACAUGAGGACCAGUGUUCACCAUGUGGUAUGGUAUACCUGCAUACAUGACAAUGGAGAAAAAAGAACUGAAAUAUAUAUAAUAGAGAAAACAGAUAAACCAGCAAAGUUGUUGUUAGGCACAAGCAGACAGCUCUCAAGGAAAAAGGUUAUAAAGUUUGACCACAUGAAUGGGGCAGAUGACAGACAAAGAUGUCGUUUUGUUUGGGCACUGUGUACGAAGGAGGGGAAACACUACACUUGACCUGGCCCUCGUUUUUCCCCUUGUACCCUAAACUCCACCCCUGUUUUGUUCUGAGUGGUAAGAACAUAUAUAUGGACAUGCCUAUGGAUGGGUCAUGUACGUGGGGGAUCCUAGAGUACAUAAGCAAGGAUAUGGAGAGAGAAAAGGGAUUUUUUUGGAGAGCUGCAGCAGAAAUUAUACCAAGGGAGGAAGACUAGAGAUUCUGAGAGGCCGCGGCCCAGGGAGAGACCGCGGGCUGGGAAGAUAUGGACGGAAUCUUGUAACAGUAAGUGGAGUUAGAAGUUGUAAUGCAGUCUUGAAAACAAGUAAUUCAGUAAUUAAUAUUACAAUGAUGGAGGAUUAACGAUAGGAUGUCUACUUUUAAUAUUUUGAUAUCUGGUUACGUAAUGGUCAUAGAAGGAGCAGUUGUUGUGGCCGUGCCAAAUCGUUCUGUUGUUUCGUGAGUGCUAUGAGAACUUCGCCGCAUCAAGAAGUGUCGUGUCUGUAUAAUGUAUUUCUGGUAUCAAUAUCUUGAGUAUUAUGAGUAAAUCGCUGUGAUGCGGAUAUGUGUGAAUUCAGGAGGAAGUCAUAGUUAAAUAUCUAUUGAGUAGCCACUGUCUGCUUAAUAGGAGUCAUAUUUGAGUGCUGCUAUCAUAUAUAUUGAAUCUGAAGCUGGGUUGCACGUGUGAUUGCAAAUGUGUGGGAAAUGCCGUGGACUUUAUUUAAGUUUUGAGGUUUAAGAUUAUCUUACAUAUACCGAGUUAAUAUGUCACGGGAAGAAUUUAAAAAUAUAUUUUGAAAAGAUUCGUAUCAUAAAUAAUGUGUUAAAGUCGGCAGUUGCUUGUUUCACCUGAGACUUAAUAAAAUACGCAGAAAAAUUAGGAAACAUAUAUAUCCGAUAGAGAAGAGUUGUUAGCAUAUGAAAUGUGGGAAAAUUGGUGUGAAUAAGGCUAGUUUAUAUAGAAUUUUAAGUACAUGAGUAAAGAUUUACAGAAAAUUAUGAUAGGUGUUAUAUACACAGUAAUCAUAGAGAUAAGUAACAUAUCUAGAAGAAAGAGAAUAUUGAUUUUAUAUAGAAUGAAUUCUGUUGUUGCGUGAGAAUGAGUGAACAUUAAAGAUAUAUGGUUAUGGGAUAUUUGCUUUUCUUGCCGAUUAUCUCAGUAAAUAAUUAGAAUUAAAAAAAUUAGUAGUAGAUUUUGGCCGUCCUCAUAAUAAGUAAUGAUAAGAGAUUAAUUUUGCCACUAGGAGACUCAUCUUGCAUCAUGUUAUAUUCAGGAAUUCAGGUUAUAGAGAACAAGAUAGUGGAAUUGAGAUGAAAAAAUGUAGAGUGAAGGAGACUGAGUAGUUGUCAUGUGAAAGAAGUUAAAGAUAAAUAAAUGAUAAUCAUUUGUUUGUUGAUGCAAUAAAAUUUUACCAUGAAAGGUGAGUUUUGGAAGGAAGGUAAUGGCAGAAACUAAGUAGAAAAGUAUGAUUAAUAAAUUUUUGAGGAUGAUGCUUGCAACAGAUAUUAAUAUUGAGAAUAAUAUCAUUGUAUACAUUGAAUAUGAGUAAAUAAAUUAAUGUAGAGGAGGUGAAGGCAACAGUUGAUAUUGGAGCGAAUUGAAAUAGAAAAUAUGAUGUUAGUUGAAGAUUAUCUUAUAUAGUUGAUAUAUAUAUUGCAAGACAUCAUGAGAGAACAUGAUAAAUAUGAAUAUAUCAAAGAGAAAAGGGUUUAUUGGGAGGAAAAUUUUAUGAAAAUAUUUUGAGGUUGUCAGAAAAUAUUGUUGAGUGAGUAAGGUUAUUCCUGAGUCCCUGACCUCAAAAAAUAAAAUCUAGAAACAUAUAUAAUACUGUAAAAGGAUUGAAGCAGUCAUGCAAUGUUAAGUUUGACUCAGAAUAUAGAUAGCAUGAAAUUAAUUGUGAUAUUGAGAGAACAUAAUGGUUUAAAGUUUGAACAUUUUCUUUGUCAUAAGUAAAUAUCUCGUUAGAAAAUCAAAAAUGCUGAGGAAAUUGCAGAUUACUGGUGAGAGAUCGUCGAGUUAGUGUUAGUUCAUGCAAUUGAGGGUUGCUGGCUAGAUCUUGACCUACUUUUUUUUUCAAAGAGAAAAUGUUGUUCUUUUAUGGUAAAUUUGGUUAAAAAAAUAUUGAUGAAAUAAUGUCUGAAGGAACAUAGAAAUUAGCGGAUUAUCAGUGUGAUUAUGAGAUAUGCAUAUAUAGAUAUAGCUGCGAUUCGGUUGCAGUAAAUAUGAUUCAACAUAACUGUAGGAGAUCAGAUGCCGAUAAAUAAUGAGGGGGUUGAUGUAGUUUCAGGAAUACUACUAAGUAAAAUAUUUUAAUAGUGAUGACAAAGAAGGCAAGAAUUUAUAUGAGAAGAUGUAUCCUGUUUAGCUGCCAGGUUAAUGAGUUAAAUUGAUAAUUUUGACAGUAUACACUGAGAAAUGAGGUAAACAACAUCAAAGGAUAAUCAGGAUAAUAUUAUGGAUAAUGAAAAAUUAAUUAAUAAAUAUUAAGGUAAUUAUUAUCACAAACUGUGUUAAAUAUUGAUGAGAACAAUUAUGAGAAAUGAUAAUGAAAUAUACUUGGUGUAUUUUCUGAUGGAGUAUCAGUUGGGUGGCCUUAUAUUUUCAUGAAAGGAAGUCUCUUAAGAUAUUGUGAAGAAAUUCUCUACCUUUGAAGAAACUUGCCAUUGGUUACUGGUAAUAGUUUAAAAUUUUCAGUGAGUCCUGUAUUUGUCUUCAAGUAUGUUUUUUUUUUAAGUAGUUGCUACUUUUAUAUGGGUAAAUACCAACUGUAGAAUAUUAAAUGACAAGUUAUCAGGUGAUAUUUAGUGAUGAAAAAGUUGGCAUUAAUUAUGUCUCGGGCAAGAAAAAGACAAAGAUAUAUCAGACAGAGAGAGAGAGAGAGAGAGAGAGAGAGAGAGAAGGGCCAUAUUCAGUGGUAGUUGGUUGUAGGUGAUUUUUAUAUUAUGAGUACAGAGGAGGAUAUAGAUAGGUGGAUAAAUGAAAAUAAGAGAAGAAAAACGAUAUGAGCAAUAGUGAAAUAUUAGUGCAGUGAGGAUAUAUAUAUUGAUAGAGGAUAUAGAAGAGGAAUAUUGUAUGUGAAUGAAGAAGGAUAAGUCAUAUUGAGGAAUUAGUUGGUGAAUAUUUGGUGAGCUUAGAUGUGACUGAUGUAGGAGGAGUAAUAUGAGGUAAUAUAUGUUGAUUGAGUUUGAGGAAUGUUGUAGGAUGAUGAAGUUUCAGAACUUGAUAUGCAAUAUUAAUUGAGAAAGGAUUCAUAUUGUCAGUAGAGGAAAUAUAUAUAGUGUGAAAUUGAUUAAUAUUGUGAGGUAGGAAAAUAUACAAUAUGAUGAUUGAUAUUGUUAGGAAAUAAAAAUAUAGUAUGAGGAAGAUAAUUAUUCCGGAGGAAAAAACAUAUAUGUGGAAGAUUGAUGUAUAAUAUGAGGACUGAUAAUUAUCAGAGAGAGGAAAAAUAUAUGUCAGGAAGAAUAUGUGUUGAGGAUUGAUGUUGUCAGAUGAGGAAAAUAUAUAGUAUGAGGAUAAUGUAUGUUGGGAAGGACAAUAUGUAAUGUGACGAUUGAUAUAUAUUGAGAAGAACAUGUGUAUAUGAGUCAGAUGAGGAUAUAUUGAAUAUAGAAAGUAUGGAAAUAUAUAAGGUUAUAAUUUGUGAAAACAUGAAAUAUAAUUUUUUUGAAGAGGUAGGAGUAUGAUAUUAACGGCCGAAUGUAAUAUGUGUGAGG